UGCAGAGGGCAAGAGGUGGCGAAGGAGGAGGAAGAAGAGGAGGAGGUGGUGGUAGCAGAGCAGCGGUGACGAGCGAGGCCAGAGAGUCGUUGACGGUGGUGGUCGGUCUCGGCACGAGUUACCGCGACAAGUACAUUACAUAUUGCACGUUGGACGUGACAAGUCGACCGUGUUUCGAUAGCCGCGCAACAAACACUUUUUUUCGCUCUCUCUCUUUUUCCUCGCUUUAUACCACGUUCCACGGUCACCUUUGGACAGCUCUUACUCUUCUCCGUUUUGGCUCUCCAGCCGAGGUCGAUUGGUGUGCGCGCGUGCAUCUUCCGACUGACGUGUGACAGCCGAGGAAAAACCGCGGGGGCCCAUCCAGCGGGGAAGACUGGCUGUCGUGGAAGUGUUCUAGCCGUAAACAAAUUUCCAGAGGUUCUCUCUUAGGAGGACCGUGACCAGUUGACUGCGCGAUGGCGGACGAUCAGGAAGCAAAUAACACGUGCGAGGACUCCCUCGGGCCCGGCGAUGCGAAUACCGCAUUCGCCAAGAAAAUCCGGGGACGUAAAGGAGCCCUCAAAAAGAAAAAUGUCUACGUCGUCAAGAAUCACAGCUUUAUGCCCCGAUUCUUCAAGCAACCGACCUUUUGCAGUCAUUGCAAAGAUUUCAUAUGGGGUUUCGGGAAACAAGGAUACCAAUGUCAAGUCUGCAGUUUCGUCGUUCAUAAACGAUGUCACGAAUACGUGACUUUCACGUGCCCUGGCGCCGACAAAGGAGCUGACUCGGACAUGAGCACCGCACACAAAUGGGAGGUUUUCACGUACCUGACGCCGACCUUCUGCGACCACUGCGGCUCGAUGCUUCACGGUAUCGCGCAUCAGGGACUUAAAUGUUCAGCAUGCGACAUGAACGUACACAAGAGAUGCGAAGAGAGCGUGCCGAAUCUUUGUGGAUGCGACCAUACGGAAAGACGUGGUCGUAUAAACUUGAACAUCACAUGCUCCGGAAGCAAACUCACCGUCGAAGUGAAACAGGGACGAAAUCUCAUUCCGAUGGAUCCGAACGGCUUGUCGGAUCCUUACGUGAAACUGAAGUUGAUCCCGGAUUCGGACAACGUGAAGAAGAAAACAAAGACGAUCAAGUCUUCGCUGAAUCCCGAGUGGAACGAGACGAUCGUUUUCGACCUGAAACCCGAGGACAAAGACAGGCGGUUGCUGAUCGAAGUAUGGGACUGGGAUCGAACGUCCAGAAACGAUUUCAUGGGUUCACUUUCAUUCGGAAUAUCGGAGCUUAUCAAAGCACCAGCCAGCGGAUGGUUCAAGCUCCUCACGCAAGAAGAAGGAGAUUACUACAAUGUACCUGUGCCUGAGGAGGGCGUGGAUCUUGCCGAGUUGAAGGUCAAAAUGCGAAAAACAUCGGUCACGAAGAAGUCGACCGCAACUCAGGACAAGGAAGUGCCACACAACAUGGGCAAGAGCGAUUUGAUAAGGGCGAGCGAUUUCAAUUUCCUUAUGGUGCUCGGCAAAGGCAGCUUCGGAAAAGUAAUGCUGGCGGAAAGGAAAGGUACGGACGAACUCUACGCCAUCAAGAUCUUGAAAAAGGAUAUAAUUAUCCAGGACGAUGACGUCGAGUGCACUAUGGUGGAGAAACGCGUUUUGGCGUUGUCAACUAAGCCACCGUUCUUGGUGCAACUGCACUCCUGUUUCCAAACUAUGGAUCGACUCUAUUUUGUCAUGGAAUAUGUGAACGGUGGAGACUUGAUGUAUCAAAUACAGCAAUGUGGCAAGUUCAAAGAACCUGUCGCUGUAUUCUACGCGUCCGAAAUAGCAAUUGGUCUUUUCUUUCUGCAUGGUCGAGGUAUUGUUUAUCGUGAUCUGAAAUUGGACAACGUUUUACUCGAUCAAGACGGUCACAUCAAGAUCGCUGACUUUGGAAUGUGCAAAGAAGGAAUUACCGGAGACAAAACCACCAAGACGUUCUGCGGAACACCGGAUUACAUCGCUCCGGAAAUCAUAUUGUAUCAGCCGUAUGGAAAGUCGGUCGAUUGGUGGGCAUAUGGUGUGCUGCUGUACGAAAUGUUGGUUGGCCAGCCGCCGUUCGAUGGAGAGGACGAGGAGGAGCUGUUCGCCGCGAUUACGGAACAUAACGUCAGCUACCCGAAGAGCUUGUCGAAAGAGGCGAGGGAAAUUUGCAAAGCGUUCCUCACCAAGAAUCCAGUGAAGAGAUUGGGCUGUGGACUACGUGGUGAGGAAGAUGUUCGCAGCCAUGCGUUCUUCCGACGCAUCGAUUGGGAGAAGAUAGAAAAUCGGGAAGUGCAACCGCCGUUCAAGCCAAAGAUCAAACAUCGCAAGGACGUGAGUAACUUUGACAAGCAGUUUACAUCGGAGAAGACAGAUCUGACGCCCACGGACAAGUUGUUCAUGAUGAACCUGGAUCAGACAGAGUUUAUGGGUUUCUCGUUUCUCAAUCCAGAAUUCGUGCAACACAUUUAAAUCGAUAGAAUAUUUCAAGUUACAGGCUAGUUAGAAUCUCGUCAUACCUUUUUCACCACCCUCCUCCAUUUUCUGGUGUUGUUCAUCUUCCGACUCUUUGCUACUCAGGGCUUUCAACGUCAUUCUCUUUCUCUUCCACCCCUUUCACUCUC